CGGAGUUGAGCCGGUGUGAGUAUAAGUGUACCUGUAUUGAUUAAAUUAUAGGACAGGUAAGCAACUUUCUCUUUCAAAACUCGCAAUGCAGAAAUGGAAUUCAUGAUUUAAUAAAAAAAGUUUGACGUACAAUGGAGGUAUCCGGUAAAAAACUCCAGACAGAUGCCUCUGUCCUGGACACGACGUUCUGCCAGCCCUGCUCCCAGGAAGGGGAAACCCUGCCAGCCGAGGCCUACUGUACUGUCUGCAGGGAGUUCAUGUGCUCUGUUUGCACAAAUGUUCACAAGAAACAAAAAAUGUCGAAGUUUCAUGCACUCUUGGAUAAGAGUUCUAUGCCGACAGCUAUGCAGGGAGAGUCAGAUGCACCACAAAGCACCGAGGCUUGCAACAUCCAUCCUGAAGAGUUAAUCAAAUACUUCUGUCCAACCCACCAGUCACUCAACUGCGGACAUUGCCUAGCCAAAGAACAUAGAACAUGUCAUGUUGACAUCAUCUCUGAAAUAUCAAGGGGCUUUAAAGAUCACAAAGAGUAUGCAGACAUCAGCAAAGCAAUUUCCGAAUUGUCUAAAGCUCUACAACACUGUGCUGAAGAGGUUGAAACCAAAUUGAAUUUAAUAAAAGAGCUGGCUGAAGAUGAAGUUUCAAAUUUACGAGAAUAUCGGUAUAAGAUAAACACAUACUUCGAUGACAGAGAAAAUGCCCUUCUUAAGUUCAUUGAGGAAAUGAAAAGUAUCGAUGAAACACGUCUUCACUCCAUUAAACCAAGAUGUGAUGACCUUAAAGCCAAGGUUGACGAAAUGAAAUGCAAACUCGCAGAACAGGAGAGAAACAAUACCCAGUUGUUUAUUGAAGUCAAGAGAGCUCAGAAACAUAUCGAAAUUCUGCAGUCCGGGCUGGAUGACAUAAACAAAGAGAUGAAUUUUCAUCGCUACAAGCUGCGAAAGGACCCAGCCACGGAACGAAUGUUGUCAUUAAACACGGGGCUUGGUACGAUACACGAAGAAGUCUCAGACAAGACCGAUUCGGGACGGUAUCACCAAGAAUGGAAUGAGCCUGAGGCGAUACAAGAAUACACAUACCUUCCGGGUUACGACUGUCAAAAGGAUAUGGACUGCGGAAAGAAAUGUGCAGACACAGACCUUUUGGGUAACGAAUAUCGAAACAAGGACGAACGUAAGAAGAAAAGUGCAGACACCCACCUUCGGUGUUACGAAUGUCAAAAGGAGAUCGAAUGUGAAAAGAAAAGUGCAGACACAGACCUUUGGGGUAACAUUAAUGACAAGAUGGACGAACGCAAGAAGAAAAGAUCAGGUGAAAGACUUGCGCAUUCAAGUUCCAACAGAUACCUUAACACUGUGGUCAUUUAUGACAACUACAAUGAGUGUGUGUCUCCCUACGAGUGUGUCGAGUAA